GUCUGCCCAUUCAAAAGUUAUUAAGGGUCAAAGUAGUUGGAGACUCAAACGCCCUUUUUGAACCAACGAUUUUAAAAUGAAUUUUUUAUUUGUAACUCGACCAUUUGUCGCAACCGUUAAGGGAGACUAACGUUACCUAGAUACUUAAAGUCAAGCAAUCGUGGGCGAGUUGGUUUGGAUUUUUGUUGCUGAGAAAGUAGUCGUGGAGAUGGAUCUUCAAGCAUCAAACAUCAAACCACAAUUUUUUCUGGAUCAUGCUAACUUUAUGCGUCAGUAUACUUUGAAGGAUAAAGUGACACAGGACACAUUACAGGCUAAGUAAUUGCCGACUAAAUUGUAAUCUGGUCUUUCUGACCAAAAAUGAAUUCGAAUCCGUCAAAAUCUAAACCAUCAGUGACCCGAACGUCACUCACUAGUCAACGCGGCUCUCUCCCGUCAACUACUACUGGUGGCUUGGUGUCUAUUGAUUUUGAAAUUCGAGGGAAGGUUCAAGGCGUCCAUUUCCGGAAGUACACUCAAAGAAAAGCUACGGAACUCAGACUUCGAGGAUGGUGCAAAAAUACGGAACACGGAACUGUGGCUGGACGCAUGGAAGGUGAAAGGUUACAAAUUGACAUGAUGAAAGACUGGUUGAAGCGUGUCGGGAGUCCAAAAUCACGAAUUGAUGGGGCAGAUUUUAAGACGGCCAAAGCUAUCUCCAGUUUCUCUUAUGGAGAUUUUCAAAUCAUCAAGUAAUUCUUUAAUUGAACACAUUUAGGAUGUAAUCAAACUCUUUGUGCUUUGCAAUUCGGAAAUA